AUGUCCUCUGCCCCCACUCUGUCUACGCAAGAGACGGCGCCAAGAUUGGCGAAAUUCAAAACCCCGACUUGUGUACUGUGUCGGAAGCGCAAACUCCGUUGUGACGGAAAUUCACCGUGUUCUCCAUGUACACGGACACGAACUCCAGUAGUUUGUACCUAUGUCGCAAAGACAAUCGGCCAGCUGCGUUCGGAGUUGCCAAAGGGCGGGGCGUGUACUACGUGUCGUCAGCGCAAACGCCGAUGCGACGGACACUUUCCUUGUCGGACGUGUCAACAAACGGGCCGGUCUGAUGCGUGCGCCUACCGCGACAAACUUCGUUCCCCCAAGACGAUACGAAAGCAACGCCAUGAUAUCGUCAUGACCGAUGGCGGUAGCCCCUUGUCAAGCAGCAGCGCAAGUUCUGUUUCUAGCUCUCGGCCAACGACGCCACAAAACUACAACGAAAGUUGUUGGCCGCGGUUGCAUUUCGACAACGAGUUUAGCGGCCACACCUGUAGGACAGAGGCGGAGUUGGACGUGAACGUGCUCUCUGACGGGCUGGAUAUGCUGCAGUGCGGUCUCCUGGACACAUCAGUCACGAUGUCUUCCUAUGACUACGAAUCAAGGGCGAGCAUAAUAUCACAGCACAUCCUCCUUUCCCCCUCCAAACUCUCCGCACUAUGUCAAGGCGACCUCUCUGGAACCACCAUCUACCCUGCCCUCGUUCGCGCUGCCGAGCUCCUCAUAUCCUUCUCCUCCCCACCUCAACACUUCCCCGAAUACGACUUUCCCGCCGGACCCAACGCCUGGGGACUGGCAUCGCGCGAAACGAAAAUAUUGUCGGUCGUGCGCGCCGCAUUGGCUUCAUUGCAUCCUGAUCCCGUGCAAGACGCGGUCACGUGUGUUCAACUGCAGGUGCUUUUGCACGCGUAUUACUCGCAGAAACGGGACCUGGGCAGCGCGCGAGAGUGUAUCAGUGCCGCUGGGGCGGUUUUGGUCGGUGAGGCAGGGACGAUUGCGCUGAAGGGGGGUCUUUCCUCCGUGAUGGGGCACAUAUUAAACGGUGCCAACGAAAAUGUGGAGGGGGAUGAAGUGAGGGCUGCACUAGCACAGGUGGUGUUCCUCGACAUUCAAGCACAGCUUGUUGAUGGCGCGCCAUCGAGUUUGGAUGGGGAGGUGUACGACAGGUUUCGCCAUGGGGUGAUGACGCUACCAAAUGACCCCGACGCGCUGUCCCUCCGUGCCCAAUCGUUCCUCGCGCUGUACGACACGAAGCAACUCGUCGCUGUUUGGAACAAUCAUUCCAUGGCCGGCGGGACAGUGCCGACUGCAUGGGGAAAGCGUUUCCAGGCGCUCGUCUUUGAUGUGGAGCGCCACAUUGCCUCCAUUCACUCGGCUCAAAUCGACGGUCAGGUAACGAGAGAGGCGCUGAUAGCGGCGCACGCCGCGCUGAUCGAGCUUUCUUCCGCAUUUCCUGGGGAUGAAAUUGCCUGGCGGAGAGCAGAGGCCGCGAGGGUGGUUAUGAAACUGGCUGACGGGCAGCAAGGGUGGGACUGGAGUGCAGCGGCUGGGGUGGCCUGGGCUGGCGCGGCACGGGUGCUGCAGCCGUAA